AUGGACUAUACGAGGUCAUUUUUGUUUGAGAACACCCUGUUUCAUGUUGAAAAACAAAAACAAAAUGUUUCGUGAAAAUCUAGAAAAGUGGCUCGAAAAGUCGAGAAAGCGGAUGACUUCCGUCCGUUGACCGCAACACAAACCGGAAGAAGAAGAACGGAGCAAAGUGGACAUUUGGCCCGUGUAGAAGCGGAGAGAGAGUAAUAUCACAACGUCGGCGCCAACGAGUGAAUUUACGCAGUUGUCGUGGCGCCGUUCCUCUGUGUGAGUCACGAAGAGCCGCCGCCGCCCCGGAAGACGGCCGUUUUUUCCCCUCCGACGUCGGCAACAAAAACGGCGCCGCCGCCGGAGGCCCAGAGUGA